CUUGUAUAUUUCAAAUAACGAAUGCUUGUCCAUUUCACUCGCGGUCAGGAGCUGGUGUUGCAGUGCUAGCCCACAAUGGCGAUGGAAGGAAAACCUUUCGACGCGCUGGAUGAGAAACUACAAGAACUUGUGAACGCCGCCUUCGACAUGAAGGGUUGUGCCUACUGCCCAUACAGCAACUUCCAUGUGGGAUGCGCAGUGUUGACAGAAAGUGGAGAAGUAUACGCAGGCUGCAACGUUGAAAACGCCUCCUACGGUCUAAGCAUAUGUGCUGAAAGGGUAGCCAUGACCAAUGCUUUAUCCAAAGGUCAUCGCAAGUUCAGAGCAGCGGCAGUUUCCUGCGACGUAGUGGACACCUUCAAAGGACCAUGUGGAGCCUGUCGGCAGUUUUUUAUUGAGUUCGGGCUGGAUUGGGACUUGUACAUGGUCAAACCGGACAAGACGUGGAUGAAGAUGCAGAUGGGAGAGCUGGUGCCGUUACCUUUUACCCCAGCCUCGUUGCAGGAGGAAAGAGUCAAAUAAGAAACACGAGCUGCUCUGCAAUGCUAACAUCGAACACGUUUAUCACGAAGUAUCGUACGUCAAUUCCACGAGUAUACACGGGAUGUUCCAACAUUCAGUCGUCACGGUCACAGCUGACAGCAUCCAAAAUGGCGAAAACGAUAUUCGACUGGUUUCGGUAGGGUGCCCCACCUACGACUAUCGAUGACAUAUGCAACAAAAACAGAUGUUCCUUAACAAGUUUAACAGCAAAUCGGUAAAGCAGCAAUGUAUCGGUAUUUUAUCGAUACCCCGAACUAGUUUGUAACACAGGCUGCUGAUAAAGUUCACUAUGAUGUAAUUGUAUGUGAAGAUGUUUGAAUCUGAGCAAUAAAACCUGAUAAAGUAA